UGGGAAACUCCUGGACGCGGGUGUGUGAGCCGCAGGAUGUGUCCCUGGUGGAAAUGUGUAGGGACAGGGCCGAGCCUGAAGUCCGGCUUGGAAGUAAGGGAUAAUCUCCUCCCUCGCCACAAUGAAGAUGUGUGUGUGUUUAAGUGCUCUGUGUCCCGAGAGACGGAGUGCAGCCGUGUGGGCAAGCAGUCCUUCAUCAUCACCCUGGGCUGCAACAGCGUCCUCAUCCAGUUUGCCACGCCGAAUGAUUUCUGUUCCUUCUACAACAUCCUGAAAACCUGCCGGGGCCACACCCUGGAGCGGUCCGUGUUCAGUGAGCGGACGGAGGAGUCCUCUGCUGUGCAGUACUUCCAGUUUUAUGGCUACCUGUCCCAGCAGCAGAACAUGAUGCAGGACUACGUGCGGACAGGCACCUACCAGCGUGCGAUCCUGCAGAACCACACUGACUUCAAGGACAAGAUUGUUCUUGAUGUUGGCUGUGGCUCUGGGAUCCUCUCGUUUUUUGCGGCCCAAGCUGGAGCAAGGAAGAUCUACGCAGUGGAGGCCAGCACCAUGGCCCAGCAUGCAGAGGUCUUGGUGAAGAGUAACAACCUCACCGACCGCAUCGUGGUCAUCCCUGGGAAGGUGGAGGAGGUCUCACUCCCCGAGCAGGUGGACAUCAUCAUCUCGGAGCCCAUGGGCUACAUGCUCUUCAACGAGCGCAUGCUGGAGAGCUACCUCCACGCCAAAAAGUAUCUGAAGCCCAGUGGAAACAUGUUCCCCACCAUUGGUGAUGUCCACCUCGCGCCGUUUACAGAUGAACAGCUCUACAUGGAGCAGUUCACCAAGGCCAACUUCUGGUACCAGCCAUCCUUCCAUGGAGUGGACCUGUCAGCCCUCCGAGGUGCCGCUGUGGAUGAGUAUUUCCGGCAGCCUGUGGUGGACACAUUUGACAUCCGGAUCCUGAUGGCCAAGUCUGUCAAGUACACAGUGAACUUUUUAGAAGCCAAAGAAGGAGAUUUGCACAGGUACUGGCACCGGCACCCCAUCCUCCCAGGCCUGGCUCAUGCCGCUGUUCAGUUGGAGUUCUCUGCCCCAGGGCAGGUGGGCAGGGGCACCAGGACUCUGCACCUGGCCACCCACUUCUCUCCCAGCAGCCCGUUUGGCUUCCCCAGCAACCACUGCCCUUUGCCUUCCAGGAUAGAAAUCCCAUUCAAAUUCCACAUGCUGCAUUCAGGGCUGGUUCACGGUCUGGCUUUCUGGUUUGACGUUGCUUUCAUCGGCUCCAUAAUGACCGUGUGGCUGUCCACAGCCCCAACGGAGCCCCUGACCCACUGGUACCAGGUACGGUGCCUGUUCCAGUCACCACUGUUCGCCAAGGCCGGGGACACGCUCUCAGGGACAUGUCUGCUUAUUGCCAACAAAAGACAGAGCUACGACAUCAGUAUUGUGGCCCAGGUAGACCAGACGGGCUCCAAAUCCAGUAACCUCCUGGAUCUGAAAAACCCCUUCUUCAGAUACACAGGCACAACGCCCUCGCCCCCACCUGGCUCCCACUACACGUCUCCCUCAGAGAACAUGUGGAACACGGGCAGCACCUACAACCUCAGCAGUGGGAUGGCCGUGGCUGGGAUGCCGACUGCCUAUGACCUGAGCAGUGUUAUUGCUGGUGGUUCCAGCGUGGGCCACAACAACCUGAUUCCUUUAGCCAACACGGGGAUUGUCAAUCACACCCACUCCCGGAUGGGCUCCAUAAUGAGCACGGGGAUUGUCCAAGGGUCCUCUGGCACCCAGGGCAGCAGCGGCGGUGGCUCAAGCGCCCACUACGCAGUCAACAGCCAGUUCACCAUGGGUGGCCCCGCCAUCUCAAUGGCCUCACCCAUGUCCAUCCCUACCAACACCAUGCACUACGGGAGCUAGGCGCCUCCAGGCAUCAUCGAACGGACUGACAGCACCAGGAAACCAAAUGAAGACCUGCCCACCCCUCUGUGCUGGGGGGCUCUCCCCCCUGUACUGGAGAAGCCCGAACCCGGUCACAGCCCUCUUUGCUAUGGGAACUUGGACACUUUUUUACACAAUGUUGCUGCCGCCCCACCCCUCAGCCCCCACAUCUUGGCCCUGGGCGUGUGUCGCUGCCAUAUUU